AUGAGGAGGAGAGAGAAACGAGAAGUGCGCGUCCUUCUGCCCGACAAACAGCAGCUGGACUGUGCUGUCGGGGUGAAAGCCAGGGGCCGAGACGUGUUGAGACAUGUGUCGGAGCAGCUCGGUGUCAGCGAGCUGCAUCUGUUUGGCCUGGUCGUCCUCAGAGAUAAUGAACAUGUCUUUCUCGAUUUGGAGCAAAAGCUGAGGAAGUACUUUGGGAAGGAAUGGGGCAGAAAGUCAUCAGUGGGCCCGUUCAUCUUAAUUCUGAGAGUGCAGUAUUAUGUAGAGAGUGGACGGCUGAUCAAGAGCAGCAGAGCGCGGCGGCUCUACUACGCCGAGCUGAGACAGAAGGCGCUGCGCUCUCAGUGCCGCCAUCAGGAGGCUUUGUUCUUCCAGCUGGCGGCUUCUGCUCUCCAAGCUGAACUUGGAGAUCUGGAGCCAAAUGGGGAAGGAGGGGAGGAGGGCAGAGAGAAGGGCAAACAUAAACAUUACUUUCUUCCAGAAGAUUACUUCCCCUCUUGGUUAAUAAAGCGUCGUGGGCGAGAGUACCUGCUCCGGCAUGGGCCCGUGUUACACGGCGAGCUGAGAGGGAUGUCACGCGCCCGAGCCAUCCUCCGGUUCAUACAGGAGGCCAGCGCCCUGCAGGAUGGACCCGUCACCUUCUACAGCGUGAGACAGGAGAAAAUGGACAGGAGAGGUUCGGUUCUUCUUGGUGUGGCAUUGAAAGGGGUGCAUGUUUAUCAGGAGGUGGAAGGAAAGCAAUGUCUGUUGUAUGACUUUUCUUGGACCAAUAUAGACCGCCUCACUUUCAAGCGCCGCAGGUUUGAGAUCCAUGCAGUGGGCUCUCUGUGUCUCCCUAAGCUGGUGUACUACACUCCCUCAGUCUUUCACUCCCAACACAUCCUGAGGCACGUCAGUGACAGCCACCGGCUCCACAUCAGCAUCAGAGCCACAGUCAGCCUCCUCCGACAGCUGGAAGACAUGCAGGCCAGCCAAUUCUACAAAGAGGCCUAUAUCUGUGACACAGUGGGCUUAAGAAAAAAGCUCUGCAGCACCAGCAGCAGCCCCACAUCCUCUAUGUCUGACUGCAGUGUUGCAAUAAUAGCACCUGCAGCCGGGCCAGCAGAAGAGGAGGAGGAGGCAGAUUCUGUCACAGAGAUUGAGCUGUGUGUGGAUGAACCAGAGGAGGUUUUUGUUGACGACCCAGCCGAGCUGUCCUGGCUGGCUGAGCUGCUGCACGGUGCGUCCGUCGAUGGACCGUCCAUGCUGCCCUCAUCUUGCUGGGCAGGUUUUGAAGAACAGAGCCCAUGGUGGUGUUUCUGUGGAAUAGUCUGCAGCCAGGAGGAAAAGGGGGCUUUAUAG